AUGUCCAGCUAUAACCUAUGCACUGGGAAUGAGACCAUCGUGGAGAGUCAUGUGGCGUCCUACACGACCCUCUACACUGAGAAGCGGCCUUGUGGCGGCUGGCUCCCUUGGAGGUUGUGUGAGGUUACACUUUACAAAACUGCCUACCGGAUCGAACAGAAGACUGUCGCCAAAGAAGUUAGAAUGUGCUGUGCCGGCUAUGAACAAGUUGGCAGCUAUUGUGCUUUGCCCCUGAACAGAAGUGGAGAAUUCACAGCCAAGCCAGGGUCCUGCCCUGAGCCAGCUGCACUGGCAGCCUACACGUUUGGCUGUGAACAGGAUACAGAUUGCCCAGGGUGGCAGAAGUGCUGCCAAGGACAAUGCACAAACCCUCAGCCAUCAGGUAGCCAAGGUUGGCGCUUAAAUCUGACUGUGACAGUGAAGUCAGAUUACAACAUGCUGUCACUGGACAGAGGGAUCCUUAACCACACACGCCUCCUUCACUCCAUGGUGACAGGAACACUGAACUUCCCUAAUAUCUCCAUAUUCUACAUUGAGUCUUGGCCUUUGGAUCCAUACAGGACUUCCUCGUCCUUCCUGAUUGGUUCCCCUGGUACUCUGCGCCGGUCCAAUACCACGGCAAAGCUUCAACUUCUCCUCCAAAACAUUGAGGAAAUCACCUCAGUAGCAGUGGAAGAUGUGGACGAGUGUGUCCAUGCUAGUCUCAACUGUUGCUCAGCGCAUGCUACCUGCAACAACACCGUGGGAUCCUACAGCUGCGCCUGCCUUCCGGGAUUCACUGACACCCAGCCUCACAACCCAGGGGUGCAUUGCCAUAUGGUGGCUAAUGUCACUCACAUGCCCCCUUUGGACAAUGGGACGGCGAUGUCUCUCCCCAUCAUCACCCACCCUCCCUGGACCACCGCUCACAACCCACCAGAAGAGAGCAGCAGCUGGAGCUCCGGCAUGCCUGACAACGUUACGGCACGCCCCACAUCAGGGCAGCAUUCUACUGGGUUCGUGACCAGCUUGGCCCAGCCUGUCUCUGAGAACCAUCAGAACAGCACUGUAGCCAGCACCAGCGUGGACAACACCUUUCCCCCAUGCUCUUUACCACCUCUCACCAAUCUGCAGUCAUCCAAUGUAACUGGCUCCUCCUUCUGCGUGUCCUGGACUAGCCAAUCCCAGAGCGGGCAAACCUUCCGGGUUGACCUUAUUCAAGGGUCAGAGGUAAAGAACAGCUCGACGACCAAUCAGACCAUGUGGCAGGUGACAGGGCUGCAGCCCGGGGUGCUCUACAACGUCACGGUUACGCCCUCUGCCUGCAGAGGCCAGGGUCACAGCCUGCAGAUCCUCGUGAGAACAGCUGCACAAACGCUUGAAGCCACAGCUCGCCUCACCAACAUCGAGUUCACUGCUGACAUGCUGAACCACAGCAGCCAGGCUUACCAAAACCUCACUCGACGUAUUGAAGACGAGAUCCUGAAAUCCCUCCCUCCGGAAAUCUUGGACAUGGUGAAGUCAGGGAUGGUGGAACUCCUGAUCACAGGCCUGUCUUCUGGAAGUGUGGUGGUCAAUUUCAACUUUGUCUUCAUCCCCAUGGACAUCCAGGUCAUCUGGAACGUGUCCUUAGCGUUCAUCUCCUCCCUGCAGAACAGCUCUGUGUACACUGUGGACGGACACAGCACCCUCAUAUACGAUUUUGAUGAGUGCGCGGCAGGGGACGUGGACUGUUCCACUUUGGCGGACUGUUCCAACACCGUGGGCUCCUACAGUUGUGCCUGCCUGACAGGCUACACAGACACCAAUCCCUCCAUGCCUGGACGAAGCUGUGAAGAAUCCUUGACCAUCACUACACCAACAGCUCUCAUCACGACGCUAAAUCCACCUAUGACCACAUUCUCUCCUGUUACACACACAACCUCAAACAUAGUACUCACCCUCAACGCGAGCACAUCCGUAACUACUGCAGUGUCACAUGACGUGACAGUUGCAACUGCACCAACUAUGCCAGCCACAACCACUUCCCCUCAUACAGUCCAAACCCCAACCAUUUCUCCAGUCACAACCGCAGCAACCACUAUUCCAGUCACGACCCCUGCCACCACGAAAACUACAACUACCACAACCGCCAUCACCACUGCUACCUCUCUGGUCAGCACCAGUAGGACUGCACAGCCCUCAGCCUCGACUUCUCUGGUGUCCCAAACACACUUCAUCUCAGUGCAGUGUUUGCCCAGUGCCAUCACAGUGACAGUGGCCAGGCAGCUGCUGGUGAAUGGCCACAUCAGCGACCAAGCCCUCUACCUGGGCCAGCCAGGAUGUGGCUUUCCUGUUGGCAACACCACUCACGUCCAGCUGACCGCAGCAUGGGACCAGUGUGGCACCCAGAUAGAAUCUAACAGCUCCCACUACUCGGCCCAGGUGACUUUGUUCAGCUCCAUGAUUCCCCAGGCCCUGCCUGAUGGCAGCGUGAGCGUGCCCACAGUCCGUCUGCAGGUGCCCAUCCUUUGUACUUACAGCAAGAACAUCUUCAUGUCCACGGGCUACGGCCCCACGGGGUAUGACAUGAUGAAUUAUGUUAUCACGGGGGCGGGGGUGUUCCAGCUGACCUUGCAGCUCCUGAACGGGAAGUAUCCACAGCCCCAGAAUUACAGCCUAUCCCCCGACGAGGAGGUUGUGGUGGAGGUCACCCUCAACUCCACCAUGAGUAACAUCACGGUGGUCCUCAACAGGUGCUGGGUGACCGAGACCAGUAACCCGAACGGGAUCCCAUAUACCUUUCUGGAAAACAGCUGUCCUGUCUCAGGUGCAUACAGUGCAGUCAUAGAGAAUGGGAACUCCAGCAGGUCCCGUGUCAGUGUCAAAAUCUUCUCCUUUGUCCCCCUGAAUGUCAUCUAUCUGCACUGCGAGAUUCAGAUCUGCGUCGAGACUGGCUCUGGCUCCUGCAAACCUAACUGCAUUGAGCAAACAAAAGGCUUUUCCAACCCAUUCGGGACAGCCAAGGCAUCCUGUGGUCCAUUUCUAAGAUCCGAAGAAAAGCGCAUAGACGAGAGCUCGGAUCUUCUUCAGCUGGUGGGCUUCUCUUUCCUGGGCAUCGGCAUGACCCUCUUCUUCCUCGGUGCCUUCGUCUGUGUGCUCUACUACCACAGGAACAAGAUCGGACACUACAACUUCAAUCUCAAACCCAAGCCCGAGAGCUUUACAUACAAUGCGUUUAAUGCCUAGCUGUGCUUUGAGGCAAUAUUAGAUAGAACCAUAACGCAUGACUCCCUUCCUGCAAACUGUAAUGUCAGAUUUUUAGGCAAGCCUCACUGUCAGCUAAUAGAAACCUCAAGGAAUUGAUGAUUGUUCUCUGAAGUCUGCAUACUUUAUGACGGCUGGGAACAAGGGUUUGCGUCUUUGAAGUAUAUGUCUGUGCUACCUAGUGUUGUAUUACUCUAACUCUCAUCAGAACUGUAUGUUACCUUUUAAUGCAGUAAUAUUAAGUCAUGAGUAACAUACAAUGUAUCAGACUACUACAAUCCUUAUAUGUGCUUGAAAAAUAUUUUUCUACAUUUGAGAUUUAAGCUAUUUAUGUAAUGGUACAGUAUGCGCAUUGUUUGUUGUAAUCUCAAAACCUAAAACCCCACUUACUUUCCUUAUUGAA